AUGAUGCACGUCUUCAUAAGGCCGCACCGCUGUCACGGACAGCGAUGUUCCGGUCCUUUGUUGGUUUUUUUCCGUCAUUUCCUCGUCACGGUCCUUUGCGUCGUAGGGCAGGUCAGUGGGUUUUCUUCUAGGGCAACCCAGGCACUUCAUGCGCCUCAGCCGUCGCUCGUUCCCCGGGGAUACGAGCUUCUGUCGUGGAGUUUUGCGCCUACGGCGUCGUGUGACAGGCGCCAUCCAGGUGAAUCUCAAGGAAUCUCCUCACACCAGUGCCUGGGCUUUGUAUCAGCUGACAUCCGCGCCCACGCCCCCGGGUUCAGGUCGGACGCAGUAGGCACAGGCGCAGUCGUCAGGCAUCCAAUGCCGCGGAGACAUGCGGAAGGCUCUACGGCUAUGACUGCCCUUUCGGGUGCAAGCGCAGUCGUCGGGCAGUCCCACGGCUCCUCGCUGCCAUCGAGUCCAAGGCCCUCACCCCCCGUGUCUAUAUGGCAACUGCAUUCCUCGCAGCUCUCUCGUGGGCGCUUCGUCUCCUCCCUCGGCGCCUUCCCUUUCCUGGGGCGGAGAAAGGAUGCGCCGGAGGGCGCCGCAGAAAAGCAGGGGGGCGCCGCUGCCCCCGGUGUGACGGUGGAUAUGGAUCUCUAUGGGUUGGUGGGGCUGGCUGCAUCAGCGGCGAAGGCAGAGAUUGAGAGUCGCUUCCUUCAGGCGGAAAAGGAUCUGCGCGGUCUGGAUGGUGAUCUCUCAGUACUGAGAAUGCUGCACGCCGCGCGCGACAUUCUCACUGACGAUCGCAUGCGAGCGGAGUACGACAGCACCGGCCGCGUGCCAGCGAAUUUAGCUCACGCGUUUCUGCCGAGCUCUCCACCGCGAGGCCCGUCAAAGGAAAGGGCAGCCCCUAACGGACUUCCAGACGACUUAGCGACAGAACGAGGAGCCGCGGGAGCAAACGGGAGGGCGGGCACGGCUGCUGAGGAAGAAAGUCGGGAUCACGAAGAGCAGGGCGCGGACGAGGCACAAACCAGGCAGCAGCUCGGCCUUACGAAUAUAUUUUCUACCUUGUUCGGCGGCGGGGAUGCCCGAAGAAGAGCCAAAGGGUGGAACAGCGCCCGUGGGAACGACGUCUGGGCGAGCGUUACGCUCGGAUUGAGCGAAAUUGCGGUCAAUGAUGUGGAGAAAAGCGUCACUGUCGAGGCGCUAGAGAGCUGUGCCAGCUGUGCAGGAACGGGCGGGAAGGACGGACAGAAGGCAGUGCCGUGCGAAGCCUGUGAGGGCAGAGGCGCCAUAGUCAAGACGCAGCGGACGAGCAUGGGGACGCUGAGGUCGUCGCGGACGUGCCCAGAUUGUCGGGGGAGUGGCCGUCAAACGCGCCCGCUCUGCUCCGACUGCAGUGGCUCCGGCCGUGUGCAGACCAAGAAGGCCCUUCAGGUGACGAUUCCAGCAGGCGUGGCGGACCGCAUGCGCCUGCGCAUCAAAGGACAAGGAGAUGUUGGCGAGAAUGGCGGCGAGGCCGGCGAUCUCCUGCUGAGAGUCGAGGUGGAGAACGACACGCCGUUCAGGAGAGAGAGCAACAACCUGCUGGGGAUCGUUAGGAUUUCCUACGUGGACGCCAUUUUAGGCCUGCCUAGCAAAGAAAUCGACGUUAUUGACGGCAAGGCCCGCAUCUCGAUUCUUCCGGGCACCCAGAGCGGCGAAAAGAUCGUGGUGAAAGGCCGCGGCACCGUGGAUCCAGACACCACGAGCGGCAGCGUGGACGCGCAAAGAGGACCCGCGGCGCGCGGGGAUCACAUUGCAGUCAUUGAGGUGGAGUUGCCGAAGAGCAUCUCCGCAGAAGAGCGUCAGCUACUGGAGCGCCUUCGUGAGCUCCAGCCCCGGCCGUAG